AUGGAUGGGAUGGCAGACCAUGCCAACCACCUCGAAGCCGCCACCAACCACAUCCUCGUUAAUGCAAGGGAUUGGAUGGACGACUUCAUCAAAGCAGACGGCGAGAAGAACCGGCUGAUCCACGCUUUGCUCGACGAGCGCAACACUUAUGCGGCAUUGAUCGAGCAAAACGAGGACCAGAGGCGCGAGAUCGAACGGCUCAAUGUUGAAAUUAUCAACCUGAGUAUGAAUCUCGAGUCGGAGAUGGAGUCGAGGAGAUCAUAUCAGUUGAAGCUCAAGAGUGCCCGGGAGCUUGAGCAGAAUAUUAACAAUGAUUCAUUUAUCGCAGUGCUUGUGGACGGUGAUGGAGCCAAAUUUGCUGAUCACUUUAUUCUUGACGCGAGCGACGGCGCUCCCAGGGCUGGCCGGGCACUGAUGCAAGCUGUGCGAGACUAUAUUGGCGAAAAUGAUCAGGAGCUUCACAGAAUCCCUAUAGUCGCUCGUGCGUAUGCCAACCUCAGCGGGCUGGCUAAAGCAUUGCGCAUGUCCAGUGUCAUCGAUCACGAUGAUGACAUGAUUCGUUUCGCUGAGCAGUUCACCAGCAACCACGGUGACUUUGACUUUAUUAACGUCGGUCGGGGCACGGAGAAUACCGAUUCCAAAAUCAGAGACAUGCUCAGCCAUUACUUUAACAUUGCUGAGUGCAAGAAAAUCUUCAUCGCCUGCUGUCACGACAAUGGCUAUUCGCAUGACUUGCGAAAAUACAUCAAUCACGAGCAUCGCGACAAGAUCGUACUUGUAGAAACUACGCCAGCAGAUCCCGACUUUCAAAGGCUUGGUUUCCCCAUCACUCAUUUCAACCAAGUCUUUAGGUCGAGCCCCUUGGCCUACGAGACAAAGCGUAUGUCCAUGGUUUCACCCGUCACCACUCGAUUGCCAUCACUGCCUUCCCAUGGGCCCAUAAUGAAUUCGCCAGCUACCAUUAGCUCACUUCUGCCUGAGCCGCAACAGCAGUCUCCGCAGCCCCAGAGGUUCGUGCCCACACCGCCUGCGAGCACCAAUACGCCAUCACCAACCCUGAUUACGUCGGUGACUGAGGCGGUGCCUCAUAUAUCUCGCACCUCCAGCAUUGUAACUUCUGGCAAGGGGGGCGUCUCGAUCAGUUAUGCAACGGCUGGUGGGCCUAAGGAACACCAAAACAUUACGGUCAAGCCCGAAAAGAAGCAACCACCAAAGACUAUUGUGUACAACUGUGAUGGCUGCCGAAUUGAUCCCCCGAUUUCCCACCCAUCAAACACCCCGGCUCAGGCCACUUAUCAGGAAAAGCUCCUCAAAGUCAGCCCUAAUGCCUUCUGCAAUGACCACUAUCUCAUCGGCCGGUGCAACCGACGAAACUGUGAGAGGAUUCACGAUGUUUCCUUAACAGCGGCAGAAGUUAGCAUACAUCGGUACAAAGCACGCACAUCUGUGUGCCCCAGAGGCCCUGAGUGCGAUGAUUACAGUUGCUACCUCAGCCACCACUGCCUGAAGGAUCCGAGGUGUCAGCGAGGCAGUAAUUGCAAGUUCAGUAAUUCUGAUUAUGGCAAUUUACACUUGAACAGUGACGAGAAGCUCAAGCCUUCCCUAAAAUGGAUUGAGGGCACAGAUUUCCCCGUGAAGUGCCAGUAA